GCUCGCCCCCAGCCACCUCGAGCUCUCUACCUCACAACAGCUUCCCUCAUCCAUCAUCACAACAUCAACACAACCCAUCUUCUUUGAUCACCCUCAUCUACGUCGCAUACCCUUUCUUUAGCCAUACCAUCGUCGUUGAUCGAUCGAUAUGAAGACGGCUAUCUUCCUCGCAGCGGGCUCGCUGCUGGGCUCGGCAAGCGCCGGAAUGCACAGGAUGAAGCUCAAGAAGGUCCCCUUGUCUGAGCAGCUCCAAUAUGCGAACAUCCAGGAGCAUGCUCGCGCCCUCGGCCAGAAGUACAUGGGUAUCAAGCCCGAGACUCAUAUCGAGCAGGUCUUCAAGGCACCAUACGUUGCUGAUGGAUCUCACCCCGUACCCGUGAGCAACUUCUUGAACGCACAAUACUUCUCCGAGAUCUCCCUGGGAACGCCACCCCAGGACUUCAAGGUCGUCCUCGAUACUGGAAGCUCCAACCUUUGGGUUCCCUCAUCGGAGUGCAACUCGAUCGCUUGCUACCUCCACAGCAAGUACGACUCCUCCUCAUCCUCUACAUACAAGAAGAACGGCUCCUCCUUCGAGAUCCGCUACGGCUCUGGUGAGCUCAGCGGUUUCGUCUCUCAGGAUACCUUCACAAUCGGCGACCUCACAGUCAAGCACCAGGACUUCGCCGAGGCUACCUCUGAGCCCGGUCUUGCUUUCGCCUUCGGCAGGUUCGAUGGUAUCAUGGGUCUUGGUUACGACACCAUCAGUGUGAACAAGAUCGUUCCUCCCUUUUACAACAUGCUCGACCAGGGCCUCUUGGACGAGCCCGUUUUUGCUUUCUACCUCGGCGAUACCAACGCCGGAGAGGAGUCCGAGGCUACCUUCGGUGGCAUCGACAAGAAGCACUACACUGGCGAGCUCACCAAGAUCCCCUUGAGGCGCAAGGCCUACUGGGAGGUUGAGCUUGAUGCUAUCACCUUUGGCAAGGACACCGCCGAGCUCGAGGACACCGGUGUCAUCCUUGACACUGGUACUUCCCUCAUUGCUCUCCCCUCCACUCUUGCCGAGCUUCUCAACGGCGAGAUUGGUGCCAAGAAGGGCUUCAACGGACAGUACACUGUCGAGUGCGACAAGCGUGAUGGUCUGCCCGACCUUACAUUUACUCUUACCGGCCACAACUUCACCAUCGGCCCUUACGACUACAUCCUUGAGGUUCAGGGCUCCUGCAUCUCUGCCUUCAUGGGUAUGGACUUCCCCGAGCCCGUUGGACCUCUUGCCAUUCUCGGAGACGCUUUCUUGCGCCAGUGGUACUCCGUCUACGACCUCGGAACCCACAGCGUCGGUCUUGCCAAGUCGAAGUAAGCGGUAAUGUUUAGGAUCAUGGAAGGGGUAAUAGGAGCAUUUGGAUCAUGAUAUGCAAAUUGAUGAACAUUGGUUGCGUGCCCGGCGCCUGGUUCAGAACUGUAACAAUCGGGAACCGUUUCAUUAGCAUGUUUCUGUCGCUUCAAUAUUGUGUUGGAAUUGGGACUGUAUGUAUAUAUAAUGUCAAG